UUUUAGCAGUUCAUCCAACAUUGAAUUUGUUUGCUGCUGGUCAUGACAAUGGAAUGAUUGUCUUCAAAUUAGAACGUGAACGACCAGUCUAUGCUGUUGUUGGAAAUCUUGUGUAUUAUGUCAAAGAAAAGUAUUUACGUCGAUUAGAAAUUACCACAUCAAAAGAUGUGCCAUUGAUGCAACUACGAAGUGGUCCACGUGCACCAUACUAUUCGAUGUCAUACAACCCAGCUGAAAAUGCUAUUAUUUUGACAACACGUGUACCAUCUCAACCGGAUACAUCGAUUUAUGAUCUUUAUACAAUUCCAAAAGACGCAGGAGAAUCAAGUAGUUCAACACAAGCUCCAGAUGCUCCUGAAGGUCGUCGUUCAUCUGGUUUGAAUGCAGUUUGGGUUGCACGAAAUCGAUUUGCUGUACUUGAUAAGAAUCACGUAAUUCUGAUCAAAAACAAUAAAAAUGAAAUUACCAAGAAAAUUCAAUUGAACAAUUGUGAUGAAAUCUUCUAUGCUGGCACUGGUCUUUUAUUAAUCCGUGAAAAUGAUCAUAUUAGUUUAUACGAUGCACAACAAAAACGUUCAUUAGCCAGUGUUCGAGUUGGCAAAGCUAAAUACGCGAUUUGGUCAAACGAUAUGAAUUAUUUAUCAUUGUUAGCCAAACAUCAAUUAGUCAUUUGUAAUCGUAAACUUGAACAAUUAUGUAUCAUUCAAGAAAAUGUUCCUGUGAAAUCAGGUGCUUGGGACGAUUCAGGUGUUUUUAUUUAUACAACAUCAAAUCACAUCAAAUAUGCACUUAUCAAUGGAGAUCAUGGAAUUAUUCGUACACUUGAUUUACCUAUCUAUAUCACAAAAAUCAAAGGAAACA